GGAUGCUCCGCAUCAACUUCAUGAAAGAAGCUCGCUAUCUCACCUAGGUAGUCAGGGGAAACGUCAUCUUUAAGAUAUUGUCAAAAAUCUAUACCGUCUUCAGACUUCCGGCUUUCAUAACUUCUGCUUGGUUCUGCUGAUGUUGAUGUCCAUGUCCAAUCUUACCUUUCGACUUUAUUGCCACCGCGUUGAGCUGCAGUAGUUUACCGAUAUCAUGGGUACCAAAACCAGGUCACUCGAGCCUACGUUCGUGGUUCACAGCUUCCAAGGCGCGCGUUCUCAAGUUCAAUUAGAAUCGCGCCCAUUGUCAAGAGCUUCGUCUCAAAGUACCGAACAGGGCGAAACAAAGACAACUCCAUCAAACGGCCAGCUUCACGUCUUCUCGCUUUCGAACCGGCCCAAGCAGAGCCGUGCGAGCGCGCCCAAGACCCGGAAUGGGUGUAAAGAAUGCAGGAGACGCCACAUCAAGUGUGACUUGGCCAGACCUCACUGCGUGAAAUGCGUCAAAUCAAACCGUAUCUGCGAGGGCUACCUCGACUCGGGACUACGUCUCACGCCACAGAGACAUAGCCAAGUUCAAAUCACUUCCCGUCCAGCUGGCGGCAGCAGCAGUGGCGAUGGCGGGCAAAUCACCGUUACCGCACAGCGCCGGACCCCCGACCACCGCGUCCUCAUCACCCCGGGCUACGAGACGGCCCUCUUCCAGAAUCAACGGCAAUGGGACUCGUUCCAGUCCUUCAUUGUGAACCUGGAGCAGGGCGCCACCGUGCUCAAGAACCACGUGGCGGAGAUGACGCCGCAGUACGCCAACCACGAGAUCGCCAUCCGGGAAAUCUGCUCUGGCAUCGGGGCCCUGGGGAAAGCCUUCCACCCGGUUGUCGGCGACAAGCUUGUCAGCGCAGAAUAUCGCGCCGCGCUGGAGCACUACGGCCACGCCGUCAAGGCCGUCUUCAGCGUUAAGGCGACGACGUAUACGCUGCCGUACAUGGUGCUGACGUCGAUGCUGUUCACCACCUUUGAGAUGAUGGCGGGGAACCCAGAGGCUGCGUCGAAGCAUCAUAACCAUGCCGUGGCUAUGAUGGAUCAGUUCAUUAGUCUCCGUUUAGAGGAGGAUGGCAUGCCAUUUGAACAGCUUCGUCUUUCUGAGCUCGAGUCUGCGCUGUUCGAUACCUUGCAAAGACUCGAUACGCACCCGUGGGCCCAGGGGUUCGGGCCAGAGGGGAUCCGCGUCACGGCGCAGGCGCGCAACUUCCCUCACGGGUGCAGACACAGAUACAAGAUGGAAGACAUGCCAUCGAGCCUCACCAACAUCACCGAAGCGUCGCGGUGGUGGCAUCUAACGCAGCACGCCAUGAUGCACUCUCUCCACGGCCUCAGAUCUAAAUCCCCCAACAAACCCUCCGACGACCCUUCCAACGACGCCGCCAUCUGGAAAGAGUCAGCCAACCUCCUCCAAACCUGGCACGCCAGCUUCUUCCCCCUCUUGCAAACCUCGCGCCAGCAACGAGAUCGCAACCCGCACCGCUGGUUCCAGGCCAUGACCCUCGAAUCCCUCUACGUCGAGAACCUGGCCGCCAUCUACAAGCGUCACAGGCUCGACGCCAACGUUCUCCCCGCCGUGACGCCGCUGUACCGCGACAUGAUCAGCCACGCGUUGCAGUUGACGCGGAAGGAGAAGCUCAACGGACUGGAGACGCUGGUGCUCGAGAACGACCUCAUCCGGCCGAUGGCGUUUAUAGUGUACAAGUCGCGGGCGGACCCGGAGAUCAUGGACGGGGUGACGGGCGUGUUGCAGGAGCUUGUGGGGGGCGUGGGUAUGGCGGAGUCGUUGUUGUAUGUUUUUGGGUGCAGGGAGAAGAAGAUUCCUGUGAUUGCGCUUGAGAGGGCUUGGGGGUGGUAUUUUACGUCGUCAGGAGUCUCUUCUGGGGCAAAUUGUCUCGAGUACUUAAGUUGA